UAACUUUCUCCUCCAACUCAUCUUUACUUACUGCACGAGUUUUGCAUGUGCCUCCACUUCUUUUGGUAAUUCCUGUUAAUGCUGAUAUUAUGAUGUUUAUUAGAGCUGCGCAUUUUGUGAUGGCGUCAACUGCAGAAAACCUUAUCGUCGCCAUAUUUUCCCCCGCAUGAAGCUGGCUUACUGUUGGCCCUCGGCACUCUCUCGACUGUCAGCUUAAAGCCUUGCAGAUUACCGCGCGCUGUAACUGCUGCAUAGCAUGAGUGCCCACCUCAGCACCAAGCCAGAAAAAAAAAAGGAGCUUAGAAAAUCAGGUCGAAUAAAAGCAGCGUCGCAACAACAAAUGAUACCUGCUGCUCACAUUUGAUGAAGACUCAUUGAUGAAUGUGUACGUAGGUGAGCAUAGUUUGGUAAAGGCUGUUGAAUAUAAAAGCAUCAAUUGUUUCAAACAGAAAAUCAUAUUUUAUUGAAUUGUGCUCUGCAUUGUGUAGUAGUCUAAGCGAGAGCACUGUUACUGGAAACCCAACACAAAAGGUUGAGCUCAGUAAAGGUUAAACAGUUCAGAUUUAUUACCAAUUUGUGCUACUUUAUAAUCCUUCAGAAAUACUUAUGUGCCAAUAUUUAUGAGUCACACGUCACUCUAUGCUUCCAUUUGAGUCUCUACUGCUCAUAGAAACAGUCAGAGAGCUUACAAAACUCCCCAACAUUUUUUCUGGUAAUAAGUUCAUGUUUUUUGGUAUCUGAAAAACCAGCUGUUAGAAAAACUUCCUUAUAACUAAGUCACAGUCAGUGGACGCUGUUCCGUUACCUAGCCAGCCCAAGGUAACCCAGCCUGUUACAUAGCAACCCAAGAGGAGCUCCAGCAUGUUUGGUCAGCUUGUUUUACUGCUGUAUGUGCUGUACAACGACUGCUAGAAAAGAGAAAUUUUUUGUUGUUAAAUUUCGCUUUUGUCAUGAUGUAGCGGUUGUAGAAUGAACGCUGAGACCCAGAUGAUGGUGAAUUUGACAAGUUUUUUUUUGUUUUGUUUUGUUUUUUUAUGGGAGGAAACCCAUAACUAUGAUGCUUAACAAGCCGAUAUAAUUUUUUUACAAAUGUGUCACAAUUUAAAGGGAAUAAAAUAACAAAGCAAGAUAUAUUGCCAGAGGAAAAUUAUUGCCCAGACAUAAAUGUUCUUCCUUUUUGUGCAAAGUUCGCUGCAGAGUUGCUCACAUCAUGUUUUGUCACUAACGCUCCAGAAAAGGCUCAAUUUGAAUGUGAUUUUAAGUCUGGAAAAACAGGCGAUCGUGUAUAAUUCCAUUAAUCUCUGACUCUACCAAUCCUUCUCUUUCCCUGCCUGACCAAUCAGAGGCUCAUCGGCCAGAUUACAAUCACGGCACAAGAUAACACAGGCAGGGACAGAAGCAUGGAGGCUGAAUAGGUUCAUCCUCCCCCCUGUUGUUCUCUGUUUGACAUAGUAUGGAAUGGAAACAAGACAUUAGAGAGAAAACAAUGUUUUUCUUUAAUCUAAAGCUGGAGAUCAGCACCCUGCCCUCCAACCUGCUGUGCUCUUUUCCAACUGGUUGAUUUCACCUUACUCAGUUUCCCAUCAUCGCUCUUCCUCACUGUUCUUCUUCCUUCAUCUCUUUCCCCCCAGAUGUUAGGAGGGCAAAGUUGACUGUUUGCAGGUUGUUGUUUUUUUGUUUUGUUUUGUUUUUUUCUCAUAACAUUUUAAGCCGUGCUUCAGAUAGACGUUUACCUUCAUAUUCUCACGGAUGUUAGUCAUUUAAGGGUGAUCAGGUGACCAUCAACAAGGAGGAAGAAGAGGAUGAUUCAGGCAGAAGACGGAGGGAACUUUAUGCAAGUUCUAUUUCUGCCUCUGACAGCUACUUCUGGAGCUCGUCUUUGUUUCUCUUUGGCUCCCACUCUUCCUCCUCUUCCUCCUCCUCCUCCUUGCAGAACGUUUCACUGGGUCUGAUGGGCAGCCGAGGCUUCAGGCAGAUGUAAAUCUGGGGAGGUUUGUUGGCAAAGGGGGCAGACAGUGGAGGAUGGAGGAUGUUGCCACAGCUGCUAAAUGCAGUCUGGGCGUCUUUGCAUGUGACUGAGUCUGUCGGGAGUCGGGUUCUCUGCCUUUCCACCUGCGGGCCAUGUCCAAAUUGCUGAAGGCAAAGAACGUCUCCUGGGGAGAGCGUCAGGACUCGGAUAUCGUUGAGGAAAGAAACGCCCAGGUGCAGCUGGAAAAGGCUAAGUACAAGCCUGUGGCCUUUGCUGUACGUUGCAACUUCUCUUACACGCCAGCUGACGACGACAACGUCCCUGUGCCGGGCCAAGCCGUCACAUUUGACGCCAAAGACUUCCUGCAUGUCAAAGAGAAAUUUAACAAUGAAUGGUGGAUCGGCCGGCCGGUGAAGGAGGAUGGGGUGGUGGGCUUCGUCCCCAGUCCGGUUAACCUGGAAACCAUUCUCAUCAGAAGAGAAGUCCAAGCCAGAAAAGCUGCCAAGGCCUUGGCCAGCAAAGCAGCAGCUCAAGCAUCUCAAGACAUGAACUCAAAGAAAUACACUCCUCCUUCACAAGCCAAUCAGCAGGUGAAAAAGAAACCGGGGGAACAGGUGGCCAUGUAUGAUGUUGUGCCAACAAUGCGACCAGUGGUUCUGAUGGGACCAUCAUUAAAGGGCUUAGAGGUUACUGACAUGAUGCAAAAAGCACUAUUUGACUUUCUAAAACACAGAUUUGAAGGAAGAAUCACUAUUACAAGGGUGACGGCUGACAUCUCGCUGGCUAAACGCUCCAUCCUCAACAACCCUGGCAAGAAGGCCUUAAUGGACCGGUCCAACACGCGCUCUAAUUUAGAUGCUGCCGCCCAGAUCCAAGGGGAGGUGGAGCGAAUAUUUGAGCUGGCCCGGAGCAUGCAGCUAGUGGUUUUGGAUGCAGACACAAUUAACCACCCACUGCAAGUGUCCAAGACUUCGCUGGCUCCAAUUCUUGUUUAUGUGAAGAUAUCUUCACCAAAAGUCCUGACGAGACUCAUCAAGACAAGAGGAAAAUCUCAAACCAAACAUCUUAACGUUCAGCUUGUGGCAGCAGACAAGCUGGCCCAGUGUCCACCGGAAAUGUUUGAUGUCAUAUUAGACGAGAACCAGCUUACUGACGCCUGUGAGCACAUCGCCGAUUACCUUGAAUCUUACUGGAGAGCAACGCAUCCACCAGAGAUGGAGCCUUCAAAUGCACUUGUAGCACAGCUGGCUGAGAACACAUUGCCUGCCUCUCCAGCGACAGCACCGGAUGAGCAGAAGAGUAAGAAGCCAGCUGCCUCCAAGAGGAAGGGUUCCCGUGACAACCACCUAGACAAGGAGACCCCGCCCGCCCCGGAUCAGGAGGACAGAGUUGAAGAAGGCCAAAGACAGGAAGAAGAGGAGCGACUUCUGAGGACAGAACAAAAAAGACCGCAGCACACCCACCACCAUCACCACCACCACCACCGCCGGAUGGAGCACCACAGCCACGCCCAGCACAGCCAAAUAUCUGGUGGCGUGAAUGUAAAGUCAGGCAGAGAUUACAGCCAGAGGCCUCCAAGGAGACCCCUGCAUGAGGAGAGGGAGGACGAGGUGGAGGAAGUGGUGGUGGAGGGCGAUGAGGAGGAGAUGCACUACAACCACCGGGGUCAUAACCAUCACCACCACAGUAGCAACCACCACCACCAUCAUCACCAUCAUCACCAACGCCAUCGUGGCCAGCUGCAUGACAGGGAAGGGUAUGAGCAGGAGCACAACGAACGCAACCGGCAUCAGAGGCAUCACCAGCACAUCCCAACACGGACACACCAUGCAGACCUCUAUCCUGCACACAACCAUCACAACUACCACCACCAGGGCAGAGAUCGGGACAGAGACAGAUACAAGGACAGGGAGAGCGAUCGGGAUCGAAUCAGAGACAGAGACGCACGUCAGUGGCACAAAGAUUCUUACAUGGAUGACUGAUAUGUUUCUACUCCCAAGCGGAUGCACAGUUUUAUGCUGCCCAUUUUAUAAUGCACUCAUAGGUGAAAUAGUCACUUUUGAAGGUAAUGUAUUCUUUCAUACUGUUUAUUACUCUUUAACACUGCAGCGUUCUCUCCACACAGCCUGAUUCACUUGAUCUUCUACAAAAAUAGAAGCAAACUACAAAUUCUAAUUCACGCCCUCAAAGGGGGAUUUGCUUCUCAAACUGUGUUGCCAAGCAGAUUACAAGUCUCUGCAACAUUUCAAGGUCUGCAUGCAUUUGUAGGAAGUAUUUCCAAUAUUUAUUUCAGUUUUUGCAAUUUAAAAUCAUUGGAUUUUACCACAAAUAGUUACUGAGAAACAUUUAACAUCUCAUGAAUUCUGGUAAGAAUUCUACAUCAAAUUUGGAGGAGACAAAGAAAAAAGAAAAAUGCACUGCAGCCUUUAUAAAAUGAGGGCAUAGAUGGAACCUUUCAUUGACUCAGGAGUGCCUGACUUUUCAUAUGAUUUCUGUAAUCUUCAAAUACAUGUUCAAAACGCUACAUAAAAUCUAGCAAUCUUUGUUUCAGUCUCACGGUUGUCCCUCUGCAUCUGCAGUUGUGCAGGUUAUUAACAUGGAAUAGAUAUUUCAAAAUUGCCAUCCCUAAAUUUUUUCCCUUUUGAUGAGGUGAAAAAGAUGAUCCUUCAAGCUCUGUAAUACAAAAGUCUGUCUUUUUCUCUUUCACAUUAUGUGCCUGCUGUGUUUGUGGCUAAAGGUAACAUUUGGGUUGUGCAGAUUUUUUUUUUUUCUGUAUUAAACCUACCAUUGUCGACGGGCAUCUUUGCACUGUGACAUAAUCAGUGCUGUUUGCUUUAUAAAUUAGAUGCAGAGAAAGUGCUGACACCUGGAGCAAAUAAUGUGCAAAAAUCUGUACCUAUAAGCAAUUUCAGUGCAACCCUGCUGAAUAACCCCAUAUGCAUUUAUUUUUUAGCCUUUACAAAACAGAAAUUAGACACGUUUAUCCUCAUUUACGUUACUUGAGGUUCUUUUUAUUUUUUAUGCUUAUCUGGACAAAAUAAAGUUUUGUUCAGUACAAUUUUAACAUGAUUGAAAAUGACAAAACAGUUCUUUUUGUAUUCCAUUUUUAUUGUCAAUUCUUCUUUACAUAUUGAUCAAAUAUGAUAAACAAUGCACAUACCUUUUACAAGUUUAUAUCAUCAACACUAGGCAAUACAUUUAUCAGUCAUCAAAAAAUUACAAAAAUCAUUAAUUUCCUCCUAAAUCAAAACCACAAACAUGAAGAGAACUUAAAGAAUUAACUGGAAACAGCUAAUCAUUUAUAGAAAGGUUUAGCUAACAAAGUUCUAAUUGCUCAUUAGUUUCUGUGUAGCAGAUAUUUGAAUUUCAUCUUUAGCUUGGAUUGGGUUUAAAGUAAAGUCAUUUAAAAUUUUGCAAAUCAAAAUUUCAACAUUGUACAAAAAAAAAAAAAACAAUUUCUUUCUGAAUAUUUCAAUUACACAUUCAGGAAACCACUUUAUGUGUCUUCCCCCAUUACAAUUUUUUCUUCACAUUUGCACUUUAAUUAGUCUCAGAACGCUAUUGCUUUAUUUUACUUUAAGCACUAAAACCUAAAUAUAGUACAUAUAAUUUUAAUAUAAACACAUUUUCUGCUCUACUUUUGGAAAAGUCUGAACCUGUUUGCCGUCUUGCAUUUGGUCUGUCUGGAAGCAUGACUAAUCUUGUGGUCACACUCAGUGUAUGCAGGAUAAUCUAUGCAUUUAGUUGUGAUAAAACAUGUUGCUUGAAUACAAUCUAUGCAUUUGUACAUACUUCAUAAUUGCCUUGCUAUUUAAAUGAAGGGAGGACUUGAGAGUCUGUUACACUACUCAGUACUGUAGACCUAAUGAGUAUGACUGCAUCGAGUUAACAAGACUGAUUAUUCCUUUGUAGAUUUAUUUUGUUUAUAUAAUUUUGUACAGCAUUCAAAAGUUCAUUUUGACAGAUAUGUAUUCUAUUGUUAAAAAUCAUUAAAAUAUAUUAUAUGCUGUCUGACAUUUCA